GAAUUUAUUUUGUUGGAAUAUAAAAGCUUAUUUACGAACAUCAUCUUCAGAGCGCUUACAACCCUAAAACAAACAGACCAAAUGUUAUCCAAAAAUCAAAUCAAACGAAGCAAUUAGGUGCAAUUCUAUUCAGUUUUUACGGUUUCGGAUAAUAAUCGUAUCAGAAAGAUUAAAGGCUGGCCUACAUGGAAGGAGUAGGAGGUGAUGCUGCCUCCCCGAUGGCACCACUAGCCAAGUGGAAAAAUGAAUUCUCAAGGGCCUUUCAGUUUUAUCUGGAUAAGUCGACACCUCUUCCUUUUCACAGGUGGCUUGGGACACUUGCUGUUGCAGCAAUAUAUGUCUUGCGGGUCUAUUAUCUUGAAGGGUUUUACAUUAUCUCAUAUGGUCUUGGAAUUUAUAUCUUGAACCUGUUGAUUGGAUUUCUCUCACCAAAGGUCGAUCCAGAGCUAGAAGCUUUGGAUGGGGCUUCGCUGCCUACAAAAGAAUCUGAUGAAUUUAGGCCUUUUAUACGUCGCCUUCCAGAGUUCAAGUUUUGGUAUGCCAUCACAAAGGCUUUCAUGGUGGCCUUCUUGAUGACAUUCUUUUCUCUAUUUGAUGUUCCUGUUUUCUGGCCAAUACUGCUCUGCUACUGGAUUGUUCUAUUUGCCCUCACAAUGAAGCGUCAAAUCAUGCACAUGAUUAAAUACAAAUAUGUCCCAUUUAACAUCGGGAAGCAGAAAUACGGUGAAAGGAAGUCACCUGCAGGCAGCGGUGGUUCACCAAUUCACUGACGUUGGGAAGCAGUUGAGUAGGAUUCAAGAUAGCAUAGCAGUAACUCUGGGUUUUUUUUCACCCCUCGUUUUUAGCUUUCGGUUACAGAAGCAAACCUUUUGAGUUCUAAUAUCUUAGAAUUCACUCCUAUCAUUACACAGUAGAAACAACUCUGAUUGCUGAUCAAGCACAAAUGAUUCCCUUUUGAGAUGAGAUUAUUCGCUAAUAAUAAUACUGUCUGCUGGUUUAUUUGCAA